AAAAAAAAAAAAAAAAAAAAAAGUAAAUAAGUGAAAAAGAAUGUUGGCUCUGCAACUGAGCAAGAGACUCUCUCGAUCAGACAUAUCUUCGUGUAGAAUCCUAACAACACUCACAAAUUCUUCUUUGCAUUCGCUAUCAGACUUGCUAUCUUCGCCGAAUCGUAACAUCAGUCCCAUCGUCACCGGCGACGGCAAUCUCGAUUCGUGCCCAUGGUCCGCAAUUCAAUAUCGUGGUGUGAGAGUGUCAGCCAUUCAUUUAAAACCUGGGAAUGUCAUUGAAAGAAAAGGCAAAAUUUAUGAGGUACUGGAAGCAGAGCAUAGGCAACGGGGAAGAGGAGGAGCGGCGAUGCAGCUGGAGCUUCGCAACAUAGACAAUGGAAAUAAAGAAAGCCUACGGUUUGGUACGGAGGAUGCUGUUGAAAAGGUAUUUGUUGAGGAAAGGUCUUUCACGUGUUUAUAUGUAGAACGUGGAACAGCAUAUCUUAUGGACCCUGAAAAGUUUGAGCAACUUGAAGUACCCAUGGCAUUGUUUGGCGACGCUGCUGCAUUUCUAAAAGAGGACAUGGCAGUUAAAUUGCAGUUAUAUGAUGAAAGACCUUUGUCUGGAUCAAUUCCGAAACAAGUUACAUGCAUUAUAAAAGAGACACAGCCCCCAAUGAGGGGGCUUACUGCUACACCCCGGUAUAAAAGGGCUCUGCUGGACAAUAAUCUCACUGUUCAAGUACCCCCUUUUCUAGAUGUUGGUGAAGAAAUAAUUAUCAACACUAUCGAUAAUUCAUAUGUUAGCAGGGCCAACAAAUAAUGGUGUAUUGCUGCUGCUUCACUCUUCAUGGAAGGUGAGAUUUGCAAAAUUGCAGGGAGGCAAUGGGACUAGUAGACAUCUAAUUUUCUAUUUUGGUAGUGGAUAGAAGAAGUGGAUGGUAAUCUUGAAUAGCUUAAUUAGUGUCUAGUCCCUUUAUUAUUGUGAAAAUCAGUGUUAAUGUCAAUUUUGACCUUUAGGUAUGAUCUCUAUUUUAAAAAAUUUAAAGGUGCAUGACAAGGAGAAAGAAGACAAUAAAAAUUCAAUUUUGUUUUAUUAUUUAUAUAAUUUUGAAUAUAUUCUUUUUUUGAGAGAUUUCAAAGUAUUUGUUGUGGUACCAUUAUGAUUAAGAAAUUUAAUGACAAUUGUUGCUGCA